AAUCACAAGGCCUUUGAUUGCUGUCAAUUAAGGAUUGGUGCUUCGGCUGUCUACUAGUACUAACGACUAUGGAUGCUGUCGUGCAGUUGUUGCGAAACGGUCUUUGCUGCAUCAAGGACCUCGGACUGUUGACAGACACUUUCCUGUGGGAUCCCAACGUGACCCUGCGUUACUAUGAUUUGCCCGAGCCACUGCACAAGACGACGCCGCUGGAAGUCCUAAUCUCGAUUUGGCAACUGUAUGCCUUGCUCUCCACCACCACGUCAGGAUGGAAGAUGUUUUGGAGUAGUAUUGGAAAGUACCGUCGCGUUGUACGGUUGCUGACGAAACGCGCCUCCAACGUCAUUGCAUUUUCACCGGCCGAUCGCUUCAUCGAUGCCUCGCUCAUCAAGGAAGCUAAAUUCGCCUUACGGAGUAUCUAUAUCGGAUUAAAUGUAUUUUUUAUCGGUACUGGAUUUUUCUGGUUGACUGGGAACUCUUGGCACGUGACGGAAACAUCCUGGAUUGGUGGAUUGCCGGCACUCAUUCAGGCUCUGACCGUCAUGGAAUUAUGUCUUAUCCCGCUCUUGUGGUUUAUGUGGAAGGACACUUUAGAGCAGUGGGACAAAGCGAAUCGUAUGGAGAACUUGGCCCACGAUAUGAUGCAAUCCGAUAAAACGGUGUGGUCGGUGGAGGAUCUAGGGCUCAGCUCGAUGGAAACCUUGACACUAUGGCUGCCCUUUUGGGACGCAGGCGUCGGCGUGCUGGAGCCGUGCGACGAAAUUCACGAAGAAAAGCUCAUGGCUGCAGAAAAAGCGAAGCUCACGGCGUUGUUGGAGCCAUUCUCCGUGAAACAGGAGAAGACGAAAAGCAAAGACAAAAAGGUUGAGUCGAGUAUGCACCAGGAGACGUUGCGCUCCAAAGCCCAGGAGCUGUUGGGGGCUAGUCGAGUCACGCGAUGGGGUGGCUAUCGGGAAUUUGUUUAUCUGAUCAUAAACGCGUUGGCCUUCUACGGAUACCUUGUGGGCAUUGUAGUAUACUACUGGGAUGAUGAACAGAAACAGCCAGUAUACAUCAAGCAUUUGCUACUGAACAUGGAAAAUGACGCCGCCGACUGGAAUGGCAACUUUUUGGGGGAUUUUAUGUGGACCAUUGAGCCAAUUAUCAUUCUCUCAUCACCACUUAUCUUCCGAAUCCUCUCACCGAAGCCGAUUAAGGUCAAGGUGGACUAG